GUUUGUAGAGAAGAGUGCAGUUCCUCAGCUAGUUCUAAAGGCGGUCACAUAGAGACAUCUGUCAACCCAGUUUGUGAUUCCAGUAGGAGAGAGUACACUGUUUCUGGGCUAGCAGAUGCCAGGAAGCCAUCUUCCUGCUUACCUGGCAACCCUGAUCUACCUGACAGGCCUUCACCUGGUGAUUUGAAGACAAAUUUUGAGAACCACCCAAGGAAGGAUUCAGUGGAGGGUCACCUGAAUCUUCGGCAGUAUGUUAUUCCUUCAACACGAAUCAGCUACAGCAGCAACAAAGAAAUAAACAACCUCAAUGAAUUCCCACAGAAUGCAGAUCAUGUAAAUGCACACAUGUGCUCAACCAACAGGCCAUAUCCUUCUACCGCCAGCAUUCCUGAUACAGAAACUCCCUCCCCAAACUCCAGCUCACCUCAUCCUGAGCUGAGACAAGACUUCUUUCAAUCAACACCAGGUUCCUCAGCAGCAGACUCCUCAGAGGAAAACUACAUGGCUGAGCCCGGCUGUGAGCCAGUGUAUGAAGAAGUUCAGGUGCCAGCAUCCAUGUCCACUUUACCCAACCUGGACCCAGACGGUCAUCUUUGUGACCAGUCAUCAGCCGUGUAUGGACAUCCCUCGUGUGUGAUUUCCAGUCGGUGUUAA